AAUGCGGCCAAGGCUGGACAGGCGGCCCCCUCCGUAGGAGCGCAUAGUCGAGCCUUGGGGAUUCAAAAACCUGGCUGGAAGGGGCUGCCCAGAGAAGUGGUGGGACCUCCCUCCUUGGAGGGUUUGAAGAUCUGGCUGGACAAAGCCGUGGUUGGGGCUGGUCCUGCUUUGAGCAGUUGGACGAGAUGAGAUCUGAGGUCGCUUCCACCCCCACUUUCUAUGAUUCCCCUUCUGGGCCCUUCCACAGCUGUGGGAGCCAAAUCUGCCAGCUGGUAGGCCACAAAUGGAUGCCUGCUUUGAAUCCAGCUGGAGGGCUCAGACCCCGUUGUCCUCUGUGCAGUACUGGAGAAGUCUCCGUGUGGGUGCUUCGGCUCCGAACCGUCCCAGCUCGCUGACCCCAGCUGUCUUUCCUGCCCAGGUGCAGGGGGGCUGGAUCUGAUGAUCUGUAAGACCGUUUCCAGCCCCUGACAACUAUGAAAGGAUGAAGUGAUGGCUGUAAGGUUCAGGUGUAACACAUGCCAGUUUGGGUGCUCCUCCCCCCAAGCAGUUUCUGCACUGGUGAGGCCAUAUCUGGAGUAUGGUGUCCAGUUUGGGGGUCCCACACUACUGACAGGAUGUGGACAGAUUGAAGAGAGUCCAGCAGAGGGCAACAGAAGUGGUUACAGGGCUGGGGAACAGGACUUAAUGAGGAGAGGCUGAGGGAAGUGGGUUUGUUUAGUCUGAAGAAGAAAAGACUGAGGGGGAUUGAAGAGCAGCCUUUACCUUUCAGGCAGUUGGUUACCAAGAGGACAGAGCUAAACUGUUCUCAGUGGUGGCAGAUGACAGAACAAGGAGUAACGGUCUCCAGUUGCAGCAAGGGAAGCUUAGGUUGGAUGUUAGGAAAAACGUUUUCAUUAGUAAAGGGUAGUCCAGCACUGGAACGGGUUACCCAGAGAGAUGGGGGAAUCUCCAUCCUUGGAGGUUUUUAAGACCUUGGCUCGACAAAGCCUUGCCUGGGAUGGUCUAGAUGAGGAUGGUCCUGGUUUGAGCAGGGGGUUGGACUAGAUGACCUUCUGAGGUGCUUUACAAUUUUCUAUGAUUUUAUGGAUUAACCAGGGGGGUAUUUGUAUUUAGCCCUAGGCUCUCAGGGCCACCUAUACACAUGCUGGAGCAGGGAGGGGGUGUUGUUUGACGAGCUUUAGUUAAAGCACCCUGGCCCCAGUUUGAAACAUGGAUGCUGAAUACAUGAGAGCCUGCAGCAUGCUGGAGUGUUCUGAUUAGAUUAAAUUGAGUCUGCUCCAAUGUGUUCUAACUGGAAUGAGCACAUGGUGCCUUCCAGUCACUGAAUUAAACCACUGACAUGUGACGUGACCACGAGGUAAACCAGUGACACUAAUGGCAACCUCGGUUGUAAGGCAGAUUUUGUUCUUGAAAAUUGACUCUGAAGGGGUCUUGCUGCAUUUGGUGUUCUCUUACAUGCUAAGAUGGGUCACCAUCUUGAAACAAAACCCAAGUUGUUAAUGCUGAAGGCACAGGGUAGACUGGCUGAGAACACUAUGGCUCGCUCUGAUUUCUUUUUUAAGCUUGUACGUCUUGUAGGCCCCUCAAAGUGUGAGACUGCAAAGAAAAUGGCCUUCUGAAUGAUCAGGCCUCAAGAAACCAAGCAAGCCUUUGCCCCUAUGUAUAAGAUGGAUGGUGAUAGUUCUACAACAGAUGCUUCUCAGUUAGGAAUUGCAGGAGAGUACAUUGGUGGCAGUCACUAUGUAAUACAGCCUCAUGAUGACACGGAGGACAGCAUGAAUGAUCAUGAAGACACAAAUGGCUCAAAAGAGAGUUUUAGAGAACAAGAUAUAUAUCUUCCAAUUGCAAAUGUGGCAAGGAUAAUGAAAAAUGCCAUACCUCAGACAGGAAAGAUUGCUAAAGAUGCAAAGGAGUGUGUACAGGAAUGUGUAAGUGAAUUCAUCAGCUUUAUAACAUCUGAAGCAAGUGAGAGGUGUCAUCAAGAGAAACGAAAGACGAUCAAUGGAGAGGAUAUUCUCUUUGCCAUGUCUACGUUGGGAUUUGACAGUUAUGUUGAACCUUUAAAGCUGUAUCUCCAAAAGUUCAGAGAGGCAAUGAAAGGAGAAAAAGGGAUUGCAGGAACAGUUACAACUGCAGAUGGUCUUGGUGAGGAGCUCACAGAGGAAGCAUUUACUAACCAGUUGCCAGCAGGUUUAAUAACUACAGAUGGCCAGCAACAAAAUGUUAUGGUUUAUACAACAUCUUAUCAACAGAUCUCUGGAGUUCAACAAAUUCAGUUCUCAUGAUGUGAAGGCAACUUUGGAUCUGAGAUCAUGAGACAGAAAAGCUGUACAAUUCUAAGGAGACAUGAGUUUAAAAUGACUGGUGAACAGAGAUUUAUCUCUUUGUAUAUUAAUUAACUGUAAUGUAGCUACCUGAGGCUUGACUAAUUGAGGUGUGAAUUCUGACUCAAAUCUUUUUUCAUGAAUGAUUUUAAAAAUUGGAUUUUAAAGGUAUUAAAGUAUUUUUGUUUUGUACAAGAGUUUGUUGCUCUGUAUAACUCCUGUAUGCAUUGUAUAUUGCAAUUUAUUACUGUCAGAGAUUUGUAGACAGUUUCUUAUUUUCAUAUUGAAUCAUGUUACUUUUGUAAUUCAAGUAAACAGCUGGGUUAAUUCAUGCUUACCCUUUGAAUAAAAUACAAGGGUAAAGUUCA